AUGCUGAGCUGUCGAGCCUGCAGAGCGAUCGAGUCGCUCCCAUGGACAGCUGUGCGCCUCAGCCAGCGACAUUACAGUCCCUCUGUGACCCGCUCAGCCGUCUUAAUCUCGCGCUCUUCAGCUCGUGUACGCCGACAGAUCGACUCGAGGCAGCUCGUACCGUCUCAGCGGCGAUGGCAUGCCGGUCAUGCGCACGAGGGGCACCAGGAAGAAACGGCGGAAGCGCUGCUGGCCGCAGUCAAAGGCAAAGGGGAUGCAGGCUCGCGCAUCACGCUCAUUGGCUUGGCGAGCAAUGUCAGUCUCGUCCUCGCAAAGGGCGUAGGCGGAUAUCUCACCAACAGCGCCGCGCUCAUCGCUGAUGCUGCCCACUCCCUUUCUGAUCUCCUUGCUGACUUUGUCGUCCUCGCGUCCUGGCGGAUCUCCCGUCGACCGCCCUCGAGACUGUACCCUUUCGGCAUGGGCAAAUUCGAAUCUAUAGGCAGUCUGAGCAUCUCCAUCUUGCUCAUCGGCGGUGCACUUGCCAUCGGAUCACAUUCUUGGCAUUUGCUCGUCUGCGCGCUCGAAGCAUCAGAUCAGGCUGCACUGGCAGAUUGGGGUCGCUUCCUCCUGCCCAGCGUGCUAGAGUUUGGUCACUCACAUGCACACCACCAGAGCGAUUCUCUGCUGAACCCUCAUGCCAUGUGGUUCGCUGCUGCCUCGCUCGGUAUCAAAGAAUGGGUCUACCGGGCCACGGCAAAAGUAGCGAUACAGGAGAGGUCCAAUGUGCUCAUGGCGAAUGCGAUCCACCAUCGCGUGGACGCAUACACGAGCGGUGUCGCUCUCGUUGCCAUUGGCGGAUCUGCCUUGGGCUAUCCGCUGUUAGAUCCACUGGGUGGUCUGCUCGUGUCGGCACUGAUCUUACGACAAGGCGCUGGAGUUGGCCUCGCAGCACUCAAAGAGCUCGUCGAUCGGUCUGACGAUCCAAGCUUUACGACCAAGCUCGAAACCUGGCUGCUCGCCCAGCGCAAUCCCACCGUUGUCCGUGCAGCAGCAGACUCCCCACAAGUGCCACCGUCUGCGGUAGAAGCAGACCGUCAUGCGCCCGUACAAUGUGCAGAUGACCAGCAUCGUUUCGAUUCACCCGCUACCUCUGUGCAGCAACACGAUCACGAUCACGCACACCACCAAGAACGUGCAGCUAUCCAUCGGCAGGCCGAUCUGCCCAUCCUGUGCGUCUGCGAGACCAGACUGUACAAGGCUGGCGGAUUCAAGCUCGUUGAUCUGCUCCUGCUGGUGCCAGAAGGGCUUUCAGUCGUCGAGGCCUACCAGCUCGAGGUGGAGCUCACACGUAGACUCAAGAAUGACUUCAAGGGCGUACAGGAAGUUGUUCCCAGCGAACCAGUGCGGAAGAUUCACACCGAUUCAGACAUCGCGGCAUGGAAACGCUCGCCUGCUUACAAACGUAUAUACCUGAUGAUGCUACGACUCAACGCUUCAGUCUACCGUCAGCCACUGCCCAAAACUACCUCUCUCAGUCCGACUGUGCAAAGGAUCGCGGCGAUCUUGGACAUGAUAGCGACCUGGGCAGAUGAAAUGCCACUCGAUACAGGUCCACAGCGAUUCGGCAAUACCGCCUUUCGCAAGUGGUCUGCGCGUCUGCAUGAGCGAGGCAAAGAGCUUCACGUCGAUGCGAUGCCUGCAGAGUAUCACACUGCAUUGCCCGAGCUAUUGCAUCACUUCGAAGGCUCAUUCGGCUCGGCGUCUCGGCUGGACUUUGGCACAGGACACGAGCUGUCCUUUUUGGCCUACCUGACCAUACUCCAUCUCUUGCGCCUGCUCGAGCCUGCAGACGAACGCGAUACCGUCUUUGUGCUUUUUGUGAAAUACCUUGCAAUCUGUCAGACGCUCCAGAAGAAGUACAAUCUUGAGCCUGCAGGUAGCAAGGGCGCUUGGGGACUCGACGAUCACUUCCAUUUGGCCUAUCUCUUCGGCUCUUCCCAGCUCAUAGAUCAUCCUGAACACACGCCUUCGGAGAUACUGCAGCCCAUCGUGGUACGGAAAGCGUGUGACUCGUUCAUCUUCUUUCGGUGCAUAGCACACGUCACAGAUCUAAAGAGAGCUGCAUUCCGUGAGCAUUCACCUCUGCUCUAUUCGAUCGCUACGACGGUCGCCAGUUGGAGCAAAGUCAAUAGCGGUAUGAUCAAGAUGUGGUCAGCCGAAGUGCUCGAAAAGGCGCCCGUCGUGCAGCAUUUCUACUUUGGCCAACUUUUGCCCUGGCUGUCCUCUCCUUCCAAAUAG